AUGGCCACCUCUGACAUCGACAUUGAAAACAUGGCCCUCCUCGAAGCCUCAACUUCUUCCUCCUCCUCACAGACUACUUCGGUCUCUCGUACUGACCAACCUUCUACUUCAUCUCCUAACCCCCCGCCAUCUCCAAAACCAUUUAAAAAAUCCCUCAUAUCAUGGGAUGACCUCCCCCACUGGAUGCGUGAUAACCAUUACAUCCAUACAGGUUAUGUCCCACAAACAAAUUCCCUCGCACACUCAAUUCACUCCCUCACUUACCUCCAUAAUGAAUCUGUAAAUAUCUAUUCCCACCUCCUCCCAGCUAUCCUCGCAAUCUUCUUCUGCAUAGCCCUCGCUGCCCUCCUAACCUUCUUCUCCAUCUCAAUCCUCCCACAAUACCCUGACCACCCAUCCACUCCUCCAUACCUCCUCCCUGACUCUGCCGCAUUUUUCAUCUUCGCUCUCGGUGUCGCAGGCUGUCUCGGCCUCUCUGCAACUUUCCAUACCCUUAAAUCCCACUCCCAUGCUGUCGCAACUCUCGGGAAUAAGCUCGAUUAUCUCGGCAUUGUUUUGCUCAUCGUAGCUUCCAUGGUCUCCCUAGUCAACUACUCUUUCGCUGAUAUGCCUGCUCCACGCAUCUUUUUCUGGUCCCUUACCUUGCUCCUCGGAGCCGCUUGCGCUACCGUCUCCCUAGACUCAAAAUUCAGAACCCCAGACUGGCGCCCAUACCGCGCUGCCAUGUUUGUCGCCUUUGGACUCUCAGGUGUCUUCCCAGUAAUUACUGGCCUCUUCGUCUUUGGCCUCCAAGAAACUGCAAAACGUUCCCAGCUCUUUUACCUCCUAAAUGAAGCCUUCUUCUACAUCUCAGGAGCUGCAAUCUACGCCGCACGUAUCCCCGAGCGCUGGCACCCGGGAAAAUACGACCUUUUUGGCCACUCCCACCAAAUCUUUCAUUUCUUCGUCGUCAUCGCCGCAGUCUUCCAUGGUACUGCCCUCUAUAAAGCAUGCCAAUAUGCUCAUCAAGUUACUAUUAGUGUAUAA